AGAGCUGGCGAGGGGGGGCCUAGUGGAGACUCUCUGAAACACGUAGCCUACUCAUCCCAGCGCUUUCCACAACACUGCUCCUCUCCACAAAACUUUUACUGCUUAGGCAAGAGUGCCACGCAAGACGAGAGGCCCACGGAGAGCACUUUUUUCUUUUUGGGGGGACCGACCUUGGAAAGAAAGGGAAAGUCAAAGCAAAGACAACCGCCAUCACUAUCAGGAGAAAGUCUCAACGUGAAGAAGGGAAUAGCUUAGCAACAAGAGUCCCACUUCCUGGGGUGUAAAGGAUCAAGCUCCUGACACCAUGGAUAUGGACACACAGCCUCAAGGACAGCAAGCAGCCGUACCAGUGUUUCAACCCCAGAAACCGUUGCAGCCGGAUAUGGGCCAUAAUUCGUUGGCUAACUUUCAGAUUGAGAAGAAGAUUGGUCGGGGCCAGUUCAGUGAAGUUUAUCGGGCAAGGUACCUGCUGGACAACACGUCAGUGGCCCUGAAGAAGGUCCAGAUAUUCGACUUGAUGGAUGCCAAAGCUCGGCAAGAUUGCAUCAAAGAGAUAGAUCUCCUUAAGCAAUUGAACCACCCCAAUGUGAUAAAGUACCAUGCAUCGUUUAUUGAGGAGAAUGAGCUGAACAUAGUGCUGGAGCUAGCAGAUGCAGGGGACCUCUCACGCAUGAUCAAGCACUUUAAGAAGCAGCGGAGGCUGAUCCCAGAGAGAACGGUGUGGAAAUACUUUGUCCAGCUCUGCAGUGCGUUGGAACACAUGCACUCCCGGAGAGUCAUGCACAGAGAUAUCAAACCAGCCAAUGUAUUCAUCACAGCCACAGGAGUAGUGAAGCUAGGAGACUUGGGACUGGGACGAUUCUUCAGCUCCAAAACGACUGCUGCUCACUCACUAGUGGGUACUCCUUACUACAUGUCUCCAGAGAGGAUACAUGAAAACGGAUACAACUUCAAAUCUGACAUCUGGUCGCUAGGAUGCCUGCUGUAUGAGAUGGCAGCCCUCCAGAGUCCUUUCUAUGGCGAUAAGAUGAACCUUUACUCCUUGUGUAAGAAGAUAGAGCAGUGCGACUACCCCCCUCUCCCCUCGGACCACUACUCAGAGGAGCUGAGGAACUUGGUAGAUAUGUGCAUCAACCCAGACCCAGAGAAGAGGCCGGACAUCACCUAUGUGUACGACAUUGCCAAACACAUGCAGAGCCUGACACAGGGCAGCUAAGCCCACAGCGACACACACUAUAGCCUGCAGAACUCCUCCCCUCCUCAUCCAACUCCGCCUCCUCCUCCUCCUCCUCCUCGUCCCCUCGCUUUUCAUGCUGGACUUGUACACAUCUAUCAGCUCUUUUAUACAAUAACUUACUCUGAAGUUUAGCUCCUGAUGAUAAAUAGUGCACGUAAAAAAAGAUUUUUAUUUCUAAGGUAGUGGGACUGUUACAUUUUUUAACAUGACUGACAGCCCAAGCCUUUUCAAUCCUCAAAUAAAGGUUAUAGAGAUUGUUCUAUUAUUUUUCAGACGAACCUCCAGUUCCUUAAACUCUAAUCAUGUUAUGGCAUUGAAUAUCAGUGUGUCAUAGCUAAUUUAUGUGUUUAUUGUCAUUCUUUUCAUACCCAUAUCCUCUAUACCUUUGUGUAGUGAACUGCAGCCGUUCUUCAGCAGCUACUACUAAUACUUUUAACUGUACUGUAUAGUGAAGAUAUUGUGAAUAUGGCAAAAUUAAUGAAAAAUGGUAAUAUUUAGAAUAACAUGAUACCAAGAGACAACAGCACAGUGUCUCUGCUGUUGGAUUAAAGCCUUGUAUACUCAGUUUUCCAGGAAUUCACGUGCACGUGAUUUUGAAAUAACGUCGGUGUCGUAAGACUUAUGGUCAUGAAACUUAACGCAGCACAGAAAGGAUGAUGCAGAUUUUCAGAUCAGUGACAAAAUUUGAGUCAUGAGGUUUUUGCACAACAGCAGUAUAAUUGAGAGAUGUAACAAAGUGUUAUUAAUGGUUGAAGCAUUGCUGUGUUGCACUUUUUACUUUGGUACUGGAAGGCUGGCGGGUUGGUCAUUUCUAAUGAAUGUACUAAGAAAGGAAGGAUCAUGUAAAAGAUAGAAUAGAAACCAGGGGAGAGCAUGGGCAAAUAUCUCGGCCACAGGUAUGAAUGUAAAUCAUUGUGAAACCCGCUUGUCUGAAAAUUUCAGACUGUCCCUUUUUUUGUUGGCAGCCUGUAUCCCAUGAUGAUUGGUAGAGAUCAUAUCAAUAGCAGCUUUACAUCAUUUGUUUACCCGGGUUGCUGGCAUCACAAUAUUUCUUUGCCGAUAUAGCGCUAUUGGAUAGCAUAAGUUUUGUCUCAUUCCAUUUCCAGGGACAGCAAUAUAAUGAAAAUAUGAUGGUAAUCAAAGUAAAAACACAUGAUGAUGUGUAUCCAAAAUGCCAUUGUGGUCCAGUUGAUGCAUUUGACCCACCAGAGAGGUAGCUUAUAUAGACUGUUGCCGUGUAAGUUUGCUGUGUAUGUGUCUUGUUGAGUAACAAAUGUAAUGGCAGUCUACAGAUAGAUAGCAGACCCUUUCCUUGUGUUGCCGUCCAUUUCAUGAGUAAAUCACAGUGUGCCUAAGCAACUCCUUGUCCUCGUACCAAAGAGCAAAGAAAUGGGUAGAGAGCAGAUCAGUGUAUACUGUAUGUAUUUUAAGGUAUCUUUUAUGUAAAGUAUAUCAAAGCCUUGUGCUGGGGUGGGGUGGGAGGGGGCUCCUUUGGGACUCAUUACUGUUUUGCUGUACAUAGCAGAGAAGUCCCUUUAGUUUUAAUACUGUAGGGUUUUAGUGACCCUUUUUCAUUUAGAGGGAGGGAAUGGUGAUAAUGUUUUACAGUGGAUCGGUUUACAUCAGUAGGUCUCAAUGGGCCAGGGUUGAGAACUACUGGUUUACAUAAUGACAGUGAUAACACAUGGAAGGUAUAGUAAACAAUGAUUGGUAACGCUUUAUUUCAGUGUCUUCUGAACUGUUUGUUAACAUUACUAAAUAGUCUGUCAACCAUCCACUGGAAGUAGAGUUCAUGUAUGCACAUGUGUUUCUUGCUUUUGUAUUAACUCUUAAGUGCUCAUUAAAAUGUGUAAUAUGCAAAAUAUAAGUUAUUUUUUAUGGUUAACAGACUAUUUUGAUAAUGUCUUGAUGGCUGUUUGUCUGAUACUUUCAAAUACUGUGUUUGCAAUUUUUGUUUGCAAUUGUACAUCUUGUCCUAGAUUUUUCUUCCCUCAUAUUGCUUUUCUCUCCCACCACAGCGAAGCUGUUUUUCCAAUUUCAGUGGUUAUCUUAAUAUGUUUUAUCAUGUUCACCCACAUUGGUGAGCAUACUGUUUUUCAAGGCCAUCUUUUACUUGUACACUUUCUAAACAAAUGGUUCAAUAUAGCACCAAAAGUUAUUUGGUUGUAAUUAUAACAGAACUUCUGCUGGGAAGCACUUUCUAGUUAUUUUCAGUGCUUUUUGGUGCUUUAUUCUCUCCUUGUAGCAAAAACAGUUGCAUUUAACACCAUGACAUUUCCAAAAAAAAAAAAAAAAAAAAAAAAAGUCCUUCUAUAGUUUAAGGGAAAGAGCAUCUAAGGAACCAGAUUUCCUUUCAAGUGUAGUACUUUUCUUGAGAAUUUGCCUCCUAAUGCUUUAGUAUUAUCUGUUAAGACACUUUUUCCAUGAUACACAUUUACAUGGGAUGCUCUAUUAGAAUGGCCAAAAACAAUUAUCCGCUGUAAGGGAAAAUUUACCGAAGCCAUAUACCAAAUAAAAAAUAGUAUUUCUUUUAUUUGAAGAUGUAAGAAAACAUUACAGUUUCUAUUAAUCUGUUUACCAACUCAUUUGUGAUGUUUCUACCUUUGAAAACCAAAUCUAUACAUUUAGAUUUUGCCUUUGCCCCUGCUGGUAGUUUGGCACACACAGUGAGCAGUGCAGAGUCAAGCCGCGUUGCCUUAACAUAGAUGUGUACAAUGUAUGCCUCAAAGAUGUUUAUGUUUUCUGUUGAUGUGGGGAACGGACAAUGUAUGGGGGUGGGGGGUUCCUCAUUAGGGGAUUGUUCACACACACACACACACACACACACACACACACACACACACACACAGAGCUAGGUCACUGUUAUGGGUGAUGGCAUCACCUUGGUGGUCACUUUGUGUUUAACAUAACACAGUCACAGUGUUCUCCCAGGCCUGCAACAAGGGUCAUCACAGUCGACCGUUGAACAGGCCAUCUGAAGUUGAUAUCCAAGAGACCAGAUUUUGCAGAAAGAAAAAUAAAUAAAUAAAAAAUAGGCAACAGAUAUUUAUUGUCUUGGUUGUUGUGUUUUGUUUUCUGAACAUUUCAUGUCAUCUUUCAAGACCCUCAUCACCAACGCUCUGUACGCUAACCGAAUGCAAUAAAGCCUUUGAACUUC